CUGGACUGUCCCAGCCUUAGAUAUUCCUUAGAUUUUGUAAAGAGUCUCUACUAGUUGAACACAGCCUAUCAUGACUUCGUCGGACUUGGAGAAAAACUCCAACAACCACAAUGUCCACAACAACGACUUGGUGUCAGUGGUUUCACGUCACACCCAAGAGUACGAUCUCUACGUCGCUAAGUCCACUCCCUCUAACAUUGCCUUUGAGGACGGUCACCAGCUUAGACAGGCCUUGGACGCCAGACACACCUCUAUGAUUGCCAUUGGUGGUGCCUUGGGUACUGGUUUGCUUAUUGGUACGGGUUCAGCCUUGAAGUCUGCCGGGCCAGGUGCCAUUUUGGUGGCUUACUCUAUCAUUGGUUUCGUGGUCUUGAUGGUUAUGAGCGGUUUGGGUGAAGUGGCUACAUUCGUCCCUCUUAACGGGUUUGCCAAUUACUGUCAGAGAUACGUUGACGAUGCCUUGGGUUUUGCCUGUGGGUACGUCUACUUGUUUAAAUAUUUGAUCUUGCCUGCUAACCAGUUGGUUGCCGGUUCGUUAACUGUUCAAUACUGGGUUUCCAAAGACACAUUGAAUCCCGGUGUGUGGAUCACGAUUUUCCUUGUUAUCAUUUUGGCCGUCAACUUGCUUGGGGUCAGAUUCUUUGGAGAAAUCGAGUUCUGGUUGUCGUGUUUGAAGGUUUGUACGUGUCUUGGUCUUGUCUUGCUCUUGUGGAUCAUUGCCUUGGGUGGUGGUCCAACUCACGAAAGAUUGGGAUUCAGAUACUGGAAAAACCCCGGUGCUUUCUUGCACUACGCUGACGCUUCCAAAGACUUGUACAUCGGCGGCUCCUUGGGCAGAUUUGUCUCUUUUGUCUCCGUCUUGGUCACUGCUGUCUUCGCCUACUUGGGUACUGAAUUGGUGGGUAUCACCUUCAGUGAAACUAGAAACCCUAGACGUUCCAUUCCUAAGGCCAUCAAAUUGACCUUCUACCGUAUUCUUAUUUUCUACAUCUUGUCGAUUUUAUUCCUCGGUAUGUGUGUCUCAGCCAAGGACCCAUUAUUGUUGUCUGCCUCUGGUAACACCGCCAGUGCUUCUCCAUUCGUCAUCGCCAUUAAAAACGCCAGAAUCAAGGGUUUGGAUCACGUCAUUAACGGGUGUAUCUUGUUAUUUGUCCUUUCCGCCGCUAACUCUGAUAUGUAUGUUUGUUCCAGAACUGUCUACUCCUUGGCUGUAGCUGGAUACGCUCCUAAGUUCUUCACUAAGACCAACAAGUUGGGUGUUCCAUACUACGGUAUCUUGUUGUCCUUCGCUUUCACUUUGUUGGCUUAUAUGACUGUCUCCAGUGGAGCUGCUGAAGUUUUCACAUACUUUGUCAAUGUCGUUUCCUUGACAGGUUUGAUUGCCUGGUCCUGUAUUUUGGUUAUCCACAUCAGAUUCAUGGCUGCCUGCAAAGCUCAAGGAAUCGACAGAAAGACCGAUUUGGCCUACAGAUCGCCUCUUCAACCUUACGGCUCCUACCUUGCCUUGGCCAUCUGUGUGUUGGUCAUCUUUAUCAAGAACUUCACUGUCUUCUUGGGCUCGCCUUUCCUCUAUAAGAACUUCAUCACCGGUUACAUUGUGUUGCCGGUAUUUGUUAUCAUGUACUUUGGCUACAAAAUCUACUACAGAACCUCGAUCAUCUCGGCUUCUGAUAUCGACUUGGUCACCUACAGGGAUGUCAUUGACGCCGAAGAGCAACAGUACAAGACUGAAGCAGAAGAAAAGGAAGCUAUCAGACAAGCUGAAGGCAACCCUCACGACAAAGAUUGGUUCUACGAGAAGUUCUUGGGCUGGAUCUUCUAAGGCAUUUACGACUAUAUAAUACAUUAUGUAAUAUACACUAAUUUAUUUGUUCU